CAAGUUUCAGAAUGGAAAUCCCCAGUACUUCCUCAGAAAUGACAUAUUUCUCAGUCAAAUGCGCGAUUUGCUAUAAAGCCGGUCACGGGCAACAUUUUGGGGUCGAAACCUGUCGAGCGUGUGCCGCAUUCUUUCGGCGUACAGUAGUCUUAAACCGAAAAUACAAAUGUACCAGAAAAAGCGGGAAAUGUAAAAUUGGAAGUGACGAGACGAAGGAUGUGAUGUGCAAAUUUUGCCGGUUCAAAAAGUGCAUCGAUUUGGGAAUGACCACGGAAAAUGUACGAACAGAUCAAGUGAUUAACUUGAAUGUAGAACCUUCAACAUCCCAAUCGCUGGUCCGUUUGGAGAUGACGUCAUUACAGCCGGAAACUGAUGACAGUAACCGUGUACAGUACCAAAUUAUCCACCCAAGAACUCGAGGACCCGCCAUACUGAUUGACGUUAAUGCGAUCAUAAAGAGGAGCAAGACUAUUUUGGAAACUCAUUUCUUCCCCGAUGAUGACGUCAUUGUUGAGCUGAAUCCAUUGGAGAAAAUGACGUUUUGUUUACGGAAGCUUCGAUCCAAACAAUCUUGGAAUCCAAAUUUCUUUACAAAAAUCAACUUUCUGGAUUUAUUCGAAUUUUGGGAGAGUCAAAUGGAAGACACUGCUACGUGGCUGAUGUAUUCUGGCGAAUUUCGGAAAUUACCGAAUCAUGAAAAGAUAGCAAUUUUCAAAAUAGUAUGGGCGGUUUGGAGAAGGUUGGAGAGGUAUACAAUGACAGCACAAGUGUUUGGGCAAAAAUGUUAUGACGAGCAGAUUCUUCUACAUUCCCAUCAGGAUGCUGCUCGAUUUACCGAUUACGACGUUGAUUACUCGUACAUAACUGAUCAAGGAUUUGAGAAAAUAAAUGGACUUUUCGGCGGUAAAAUGAUUCAAUACUUUGAUAUCAUCGUGAAACCAUACCUGGAACUCGAGCUCUCUGACACAGAAAUAGCAUAUAUUCUUUGCCAAAUUGUUUGGAAUUAUGCUGGACGACGCCUUCAGGGACAGACCCAGGCGGCCGGAGAACGAUUUUUAGAAGUAAUUUCCAAUAAUUUGCACAAAUAUUAUGAAGACAAGUCUGGAAAUCGGAAAAGAGCUGAAGACAAGCAAAAUUAUGUGGCGAGGUUGGCGAAAAUGAUGCAAAUUGUGAAUCAGAUGUUGAAUGCCCAACUAAAAAUGGAAAACACAAUGGAUGUGGCAAUGCUUUUCAACACGUUCAACAUUGUGUUCACCGAACCCGAGUUCUUCAGAGUUUAAUUUAUGCACGAGUAGUCAGCGUGCCACAUUUUUCUGUUAACAAUUUGUUUUUUAAUCUGACGUCAUAAAUUUUUGUGUAGUGGCU